UUCAACGUAGAAUUCAUGGAAGACGUGCUGUAAUAGUCAUGUCCCUUCAAUUUCGUGUCACGCGAUUGGCUAUUUAGGUUUUGCAUCUGCUUCCAACCUUCUUGCCCGUUUUUUCUCGUGGUGUUGUGGGCAUUUAAAACCCGUCACGAAUCUCUUGGAAUCCUCGCUCGCUUUACUCUUUCUCGGUUGAUAGGAGUACAAGAAUAGCGGUGGAAGGAAGGAGGAGAACGGAAGGGAAAGAAGAAGCCUGCAGCUAGCCAUGUCGAGAGCCACGGUAGAGUUGGAUUUCUUCGGCCUCGAGAAGGAGAACGCGGCCAGAUUCCGCGCCGUGGAGCCAAGAAGCUCCAUUCGUGGUAUCCAGGGUGAGAUAUCCAGGAUAAACCCGCAUCUUUUGAGGAGCCUCCUCGCCCCCGGUGGUGGGAGCGCGGCGUUUCACCCGGCGGCCUCGGCGGGGGAAUCUUGCCGGCCGUUCCUCUCGCCGCCGCCGUCGCCGCUGCCGGUCCUGAGCCCGGCCUCCUCCCGUACUAGUAAUGAGAGUCUUCCGGGAACGGCUCCGUUAACGAUCUUCUACAAGGGCACCGUCACCGUCAUCGACGUCCCCCCAGAGAAGGCGGAGAUUAUAAUAAAAUUUGCCGAGGAUGCUAACCGUAUCGGCCUGGAGGAGGGCUUACUGGAAAAAUUUAACGGAGAUUUACCGAUGGCACGGAAGAAGUCGUUGCAGAGAUUUUUUGAGAAGCGCAAGGAGAGGUUGACCGCGUUGGGACCGUACGAGGAGGUCGAGGUGAGGAAGGAGAAGGCGCGCAAGGUGGCAACCAUGGAUGUGGUGACUGUGUCUAACUUUUGAUGGAUGAUGACUCAUACAUUACAUAAGAUAGCAAGGGAAUGGCAAGCUUUCGUAGGGUUAGAUGUGAAGGAACACUAAUUUAGCUGCUCAUUUUGUUCCUUCUUUUGGUUGGUUGGUUCAUAUUUUUUGUGGAUUAUGUAAUUAAUGAUCAUAUAUAUUAUGAGAAAUGAAAGCACUUUAUGAGAUUGUUUAGAAUGUAAAAUUUGAGAUGUUUUGACAGUUCAAGUUUAGCUGAUAUGUUUGGAAAGUUGAGAUAUAGAUUGCAGGGGAGUUUGUAAAGCAAUUAAAUGUCAUUUGGUUUGAUGGUAUAGAGUUUGUAAAGUGAUAAAGUUGGGUAUAGAUGUAUAUGUUACUGAAGUUGCAAGGCCA